GAAGCUGUGGCUGCCCCUGGAUCCCUGGAAGUGUUCCCUGGAUCCCUGCGUGUCCCUCUCCAUGCAUGUCCCUAUCCCUGCGUGUCCCUGUCCAUGUAAUUCCCUCUCCAUGUAUACCCGUUCCCUACAUGUUCCGUGUUCCCGUGUCCGUUCCCGGCCGCCGCAGUUCCCGGCGGGAAGGGCGGGCCCGUGUCCCUGCAGGGCUGGAGGCGCCCGGAGGGGCGGUCCCGCCGCUUCCCCCGCUCUUUCACUUUCGUUUCCCCGCCGCUCCCGCCCGCUCUCGGCCCAUCCCGGUGGGAUCCUCGGACCGGUGGGAUCGCCGUCCCAGCGGGAUCCCCAUCCCAGCGGGAUCCCCAUCCCAGCCGGAUCCCCUUCCCAGCGGGAUCCCGUCCCGUUGGAGCGGCGGCCAUGGCCACGGGCCAAGCUGCCAGAUCCACGAGGACAAUUGUCAUUGCUGGUGUCCCAGCUGGCCUCCUGCAGGAUGAUGUCAUGGCUGACAUCCUCACCAUCCACUUCCAAAUGUCGAGGAAUAACGGCGGGGACGUGGAAGAGGUCACGUAUCCCACACGGAACAAAGGAGUUGCCUACGUAACUUUUGAAGAUCAAGAAGUUGUGGAGAGUGUUCUGAAGAAGGAUCAGCAUCUCCUGCAGGACAAGAGGCUGCCCAGGCACUACCCCCUGACAGUGACCCGCUACUGCAACAACGCCUUCCUCUCCGUCACAUCCAUCCUCAACGUGGCUGUUUUCAGAGAUCACUUUGUUUUAGAAGAUCUGGUGGAAGAAAUGAAAAAGCAGAGCCCGGCUUUGAGCUUUGGGCCUUUGCAGCCCGACGGGCAAAUUGCUGUGCAAGGGCCCUUCCCAGCCCUCCGAGUGCUGAGAGAAUUCCUCCUGUUAAAGGCAGAAUCCCUCUCAGAGGAGGACAAAAGAGAGGGGAAAUCCCGUCAGAGACUGAGGAGGAAGGUGCAGGAGCACAGAGGUGCCACAGAGACAAGGAGCUCUGCUCGGGAUGCACACAGGGAAAAACAAGUGGUGGUUCUGGACACGGAUAUCUAUCACUACAUGAGGCACUUCCUUCCCAAAACAUUCCAGGCAAAUGAUGUUGUCAUUUCUGGUGUCACUGAUGGUGACAUCACCACAGUGUGCAUUGAGAGUGCUGGGAGGAAGGCUGGCGCUGCACACGGGUUAAGGGUCAAGAAAAUAAUUGAAAACUACUCCGUAGAACUCCAGGAGAUUUUACGUAAGGAAAGGCUCUGCUUCAAGGAGCACAGCAGAGGGGAGAAGCUGAGGUACAAACGGCUCUGUGAAAGACUAAAACCCCGUUACCCUAAAGUUCUGAUCAUUCCUUAUGACACCCACAUUGAUGUUGUGGGAACUUCUGCAGAUAUUUUCGAGUUUACAGAGGAAGUGAGGAGUCACUCCAGGUAGGAAAGAGUGUUCCUGUGGUUUGUGUUCUCGAUUUCUCACCCGGACUGUGCCUGUGGCCCUGUGGCCCUGCAGCUCUCCCUCUCUGUCACUGGGAUGUCACCUUGUCCCUCUCACAGGCUGGGAACUCUGCACGGGAGGGUGACCAAGCCUGGCCCCCAAACACCAAAUUAAGGUCAGAACAAGAAACCAAUGAUCUCUGCACUUAGGGAAGCAAAGAAUUUAAACCUCUUCUGUCCAGAAACAGCCACAUUUUCCUUUUGAUCCCUCAGUGCACUCUCAUCCCACCUUGCUCAUCACCACCAUGAUGAGAAAAGAGAUUAUUUUUUUUUUUCCAGCUGGGUGGGCCAACCUUGUAGGAAACACUGGAGGGAAGUUCUGUGUGAAGUUAUGUGAGGAGGUGACCACAGCAGGCAGGAACGGGGACCUUUCCUGUGGCCUUUAUCUGCACAGGGAUCUUCUCACCCUGGAGGUGCACAGAGGAGAGCAGAGCUGUGACACUUGGCACAACAAACUGCACACGAAAUGGACAGGCUUGGGAAAGCCCCAAGGAGAUGGCACUGGAAAUUCUUCCCUGUAGGAAACAGGCAGGUUUGUUUGCAUAGGAGCAAUAAUGGGGGUUUUUUUCCAGUUGGAAAGGCUUCUGCAGCAUCUCUUGACAGCACGUUAUUUAGACAUGAAGGUACAUCCAGAAGUUUGAUAGGAAAAUUUGGGGGCAUUCAGACUUUGCAAUCAGAUUCUUUUUAUGCAAAUCCGUUUCUGUAUCCAUUACAAGGGCACAAAGGGGGUUUUUUGAAACCGAUUUAGAAAAUAGCUUUUAUUUUGUGGUAUCAGUGUGUUUAGGAUAAUUUGUCAAAACACAGAGCACCGACUCUUUUGUCUGAUGUGCAGGGAAAGUUUUAGGGGUUUGUGCCAUUGAAGAAAGGAGUUGUACAAAACAUUUGUGCUGUUCUAACCAAAUCCCAGGUUUUUGGUUGGAAGCCCAAACCUGAAGCCCAAGAAAUGCUUGAGGCAUUUUCUUGUCACCACUGAUUAUCCAUUGCAAUUAGGCCAAUGAAAGAUGUUAAAGCAGUGCAUGAAAAACGACUGUCAAAGCAGCAGGCUGAUGAGCUUAAGUGCUUUGCUGAACCAGGAGGAGAGGAGUAGUAUUUAAAGAUUUCUUCCUUUCCAAGUUCCCCUGUGCACUGCAGGCUCUCCAAGGGGGUCAGAGAUGGGGGGGGGAGAAGAUGGAUGCUCUGGAAAACUCCCCCUGGAGCUGUUUAGGGUCAUCCCCGCAGAACUCAAGCAGAGAUGGGAAGAUUUUUAACCUUGUCGAAGAGAAAAUCCUCUAUGAGGGAUAAUCCUGUAAUGAAAUUAGUGCUGUUUUCCGGUGUCCACGUUGCGCUGCUCAUCUUUUUUCCAAAGAGCCUAAUUUUUUUUUCUGAUUCAGAGCUUUGGUAUUUCCUAUUUGCUGGACUGGCAAACCAGUGGCACUGGUGUUUGUGUGAACCCUGACUGGUUGCUGCUGGCUGAGGCUGGGUUUUGAGGCAAUUUUGGCAGCAGCACGGUUGGCAGCAGCGCUUCAGGUGUCCUUCAGCUCUGGUUUGCUGCCAAACAACUCCUUCUUACCCAACGAUUUGCAGUCACAAACUUGAAAUCACAGCUGAAUAAAAUGUUCUCGUUGAAUCCUG